CCAAGGAACUACUUUUUUUUCUCUCCAACCAAACACUCCCUUACUCUCGCUCCAACCAAACAAGCCCUUACGCUCCCUCUGCCUAGCAAUAAAUUUCGCUUUCGUCACAGAAGAGAAGAACACUGGAGCCAACUUUCUCUGCCCCCUCACACCUAUAUAUCCACAACAGAGCCCCACACAUUCUGUCAUUUCAACCAAACUUUCUCUCUCUUUCUCUCUUUUUUCUCUCUCUCUAGAACCUGCGAAACUGAGUUCCAGAGGAAUUUCAAUUUCUACAGCACUACCAGAUGCAAGGGAGUCCUCUUCUCUCGCUCUCUCCUAGCUUCAACAGCUACUCCUCCGCCCGUCUCGCAGAAAUUGCCGCCAGAGUCGUCGAAGAAUGCGCUCUCGAACCGGACUCUGAUUUUGAGAUUUUCGACUCCGAAACGGGGGAUGUUUCUGCGGAGAAGCAAGUCGACGACGGCGAGGAUGACGAUUUCGAGUUCGCUUUCGUGUGCAGGGAACCUGAAUCGUCGCCGAUUUCCGCCGACGAGAUCUUCUUCAACGGCCAGAUCAGGCCCCUGUAUCCAAUCUUCAAUGGGAAUUUGUUGUUGAAUGAAGAUCAGAGCGAAGAUUCGAAGCAUCGGAAACCUUCGCCGACUCGAUUGCCACUCAGGAAGCUUAUGAGCGAGGAUCGAGAUCCGCCGUCGUCUUCUUCGUCGGAGGCCGACGAGCUCGAAGGAGUUCCGGCGGGAACGUACUGCGUAUGGACGCCGGGGUCGGCGUCGGAGUCGUCGCGGCGCAGUUGCAAGAAGAGCAAUUCGACGGGGUCGUCGAAGCGGUGGAAGUUUCGAGACCUUCUCUACCGGAGCAACAGCGACGGCAAGGACACUUUUAUCUUUCUGACGCCCAAGGCCAAGACCGGCGCGAGUUCGAAAUCGAGGGAGCAGAAGGUCGCUGAGUCUAACAACUCGCCGGAAAAGAUGGAUUCCAUAUACGAAAAGGUCCCCGGGAAAGCCGGAUCAAAGCGAGCCUCCGCCGACGACGAGACUGCGCCUUUGGCUAACAAAGAUCAGCAUUACGUGAAGAACAGAGCCCCCAGAGUCUCUGGAAAAGUGAGAGUCAAGGGAGAUAGCGCCGACGGCGAGGCCGACGAGACGGCGAAGUUGGCUGUCGAAGAGAGAUACACGAAGAGUGCAAGCAGUGGGGGAUCCAAAGAGGGCGAACGACGCCGUUUCUUCCUCCCGUACAAGCAGGACUUGAUUGGGUUUUUCUCGAACGUGAACGGGCUGAGCCGGAAUGUACAUCCCUUCUAAAUCUCGGCAGCCAAUGGGCGACGGACGGGUGUCGGGGUUCGAUUUGUGAUUAUGAUUUUGUUAGGGUCUUAGAGAUAAAUAUAACUUUUUUUCUCCUUGUAUAAAAAUAUGAGAGGGGAGAGGGCUUCAAUUUUUAGGAAAUUACAGGUUUCGCAUUUUCUGAAUUUCUGUUUGGGAUUUUGUUUUCCUGAUUGGCUGGACCGAGGGGUCGUGUGUGGGGGGUGGCAGCGAACGUGGCGAAAGCAGGUGAACCGUGUGUGGGGGGUGGCAGCGAACGUGGCGAAAGGAGGUGAACCGCGUGGGGCCCACACGGUUGGGUCGGGUCUUGCUUUUUUCGUUCACGGAACUUUGAGCCGCAUGGGAUGAGCCGAUGAGCAAAGCUGGUGCUUUUAAACUGGAGGGAGGCGGCCGUGACUGGAUGCUCUAAUUUUGGGGGAAAAAAUUGAAAUAAUGUUUUUUAUACGCCACCACCGGUGAUUUUCUGCACUAUGUAUUUAUUAUUAUUAUUAUUAUUAUUAUUAUUAUUAUUAUUAUUAUUAUUAUUA